GGUCUACCAACAGAACACCAGCUGACUUAUUAUUUUGGUGUUUGGUGUCGCAGCUUCUCUGCUUCUGCAAUCAAAAUAAAUAAUUGAUCAUAGUUUACAAAGUUAACGCACUAGACGUGAGAGGCUUUAUAAUGCCAAUAAUUCCAAGCUCAGGUCGUCGCACUUCUUCAUCUUCCGAGAUGCCCAGGGAGUUUAAAAUCGCCGGAGGUGACGACGAGUUCAACUCGAGGAACAGGAGCGUCUUCGACCAACUCAACUCUCUGUCCCCCUCUGUACGAACCUCAACUUCUGUGUCCGUCGAUGACUUCCCCGAGCGCAGCCACCGAAGGCGCAGCCACGAGACGAGACACCUUCGAGGACAAGAAAGUCUCUUCAAGAGACCGGAUCCGCCGCCACCUCGCUGGCACGGUGGGCAGCGCAUUGCAGACCACCAGAAGAACCCUCACAAGUGGACUCGGUACAGCCUGGGCGACGUCAGCAGCGAGGACAUGUCCGACCGGACAAACACUAGUACGGCCCUGUCUUUUUUGAACGAGUUGAGGAAAAGGAGGGAGCAGAAGGAGGAAGAUGAGAUGGAAACUGAUGAACCUACUCAGCAAGUGCAGUUCAAGAGACCGGCCAGAAAACAAGGUGCUGCCAAAGAGGCUCGAGAGGCCAGCCCCGAGGGCAAGCCGGAAGGGCCUAUUUUCAGGGGCAGCAAGAGGGUCAUGCCCGAAUAUAUUGUUGGGCAGAGGAGUGGACAGAGCUCUAGACGAGGAGAUAGGAAGAGUCAGGCCGAUGGCAAGAGCAAAAAGUUGAAAUUGGACCAUUUGAUGAUGGAAGAUGAGGAUGGUGACAGUGACUGAAACAAUCUGUUAUUAAUCAGUGCUAUUUUUUAGAGUGUAAAAAAUUAAGUUAAAAUAUGUUCAGUAUCAAUUAAACCAUAAUUAUUAAAAGAAAA